GGUGCUUCAGUGGACAACAAGGGACGGAAGCGAAGGAUCGCACAGCCGCCCUGAGAGAAAAAAAAAACCCAGAUAGAGAAGCAACCCGCUCCGUGUCAGAAUCAUUUUCGUGCGCGGCAGAUCGGCAGUAGUCGGGGAACAGUGAGCCAGGCUCGCCGACCCUCCGGUCGCCAUGGUGCAGACGGACAAAGUGCCCCCGGGCCCCCAGGACAGCGGCAGCAACAGCGGCGGAGGAGACUGCUCCCCGCCCGCACAACCCUCCCCUGCCCCCGUCCCCGCGGCCGAUGUUGGCCUCCCCGUCCCGCCCGGCGACCCCCCGGCCACGGCCGAGCCCGCCGCCACCGACGCCCCCGAUCCCACCCUCGCCUACGGCGGCCUCGACAAUCGGCCGGCGCCGCCUCGCACCGACUCUUCCGGCGGCAAGAAGUUUCUGUGCGGCGUCGUGGAAGGAUUUUAUGGGCGGCCCUGGAGCAUGGAACAGAGAAGGGAGCUCUUCAGAAGAAUGCGUCGAUGGGGAUUGAACACAUACCUAUAUGCACCAAAGGAUGAUUAUAAGCACCGAAUGUUCUGGCGAGAGAUGUAUUCUGUUGAAGAAGCAGAGCAAUUGAUGCAGCUGAUUACUGCAGCAAAAGAGCACAGUAUUGAGUUUGUCUAUGCCAUAUCACCUGGACUGGAUAUCACUUUCUCUAAUCAGAAGGAGGUUGCAACUCUUAAACGAAAAUUGGAUCAGGUGUCACAGUUUGGUUGCAAGUCUUUUGCACUGUUAUUUGAUGACAUUGACCACAACAUGUGUCCAGCAGAUAAAGAGGUCUUCAGCUCAUUUGCGCAUGCACAACUCUCAGUUACUAACGAGAUUUAUCAGUAUCUGGAAGAGCCGGAACACUUUUUAUUCUGUCCAACUGUAGGUCCAAAAGUCGUGUCCAAAGAUAUCUCUGUGGAUUCUAUUGAAGAGGUCACCAAAAUAUUGAAGAGGUCUCCUCUCAUCUGGGACAAUCUACAUGCCAAUGAUUACGAUCAGAAGCGCCUCUUCCUUGGGCCGUACAAAGGGCGGUCAACUGAGCUCAUUCCACGACUGAAAGGAGUAUUAACGAACCCCAACUGUGAAUUUGAAGGGAACUUUGUUGCCAUUCACACGCUGGCUACCUGGUACAAAUCCAACAUGAAUGGUGUGAGGAAGGAUGUCGUAAUGACUGACACGGAAGAGAACACCGUGUCCAUCCAGAUCAAACUUGAAAAUGAAGGCAGUGACGAGGAGAUAGAAAUGGAUGUCUUGUACAGCCCUCAAAUGGCUUUGAAGCUGGCCAUAACAGAAUGGAUGCAGGAAUUCGGAGUACCGCAUCAGUAUAACUGCCGAACAGUCCCUCACAGCGGCGCAAAGACAAACCCGAUUGACACGGGAGGGAUUGGCACACCAUGCUUGAACUCCACUACCACAGUGACCACGGUCUACCAGCAGCCCAUCAUGAGUCAGGGAAGCCCACUGAGUGGCGAGCCAGUCUUACUGGCCAAGGAAGAGGAGGAAAAGAAACAGCAGUCCGAUGAAGAGCCAAUGGAGAUGGUAUUGGAAAAACCAGACGAGCAAGAAACCAAAACCGUUAAUCAGAUCCUUACAGACAUUGUCAAAGCCAAAUUGUCUGAGGAUCUCAAACCCAUGGAAAUGGACAAAGACAGUAUUGCUGAAUCCAAGUCUCCGGAGAUCUUUAUGCAGGAAGACACGGGAAGUGACAUGGCUCCAAUGCAGACAGAUGAGCAGUUGAACAAGGAACAGUACAUCCCAGGUCCCAACGAGAAGCCGCUCUUCGCCGCUGAGGCCAUGACUAUGGAAGACCUGAAUCUCUUGGCUGAGAUGUUCUAUCUGCCUUAUGAGCAUGGACCCAAAUCUGUUCAGAUGUUGAGGGAAUUUCAAUGGCUUCGGGCAAACAGUAGUGUUGUCAGUGUGAACUGUAAAGGGAAAGAUGCAGAAAAGAUUGAGAAAUGGCAUUUCAGAGCCACCAAGUUUGAAGAAAUGUGUCGCAGAGUAAUGCAAAUGUUUACUCGCCUGGCUAACUGUGAAAACCGAUCCAUUCUCUACGACUUGUACCCAUAUGUCUGGGACAUAAAGGGUGUUGUGGCCAUGGUGAAAUCCUUUGUCCAGUGGUUAGGGUGUCGUAGUCAAUCUUCAGCACAGUUCUUGAGUGGCGACCAAGAACCCUGGGCCUUUAGAGGUGGUCUAGCAGGAGAGUUUCAGCGUUUGUUGCCCAUUGAAGCGGCAAACGAUCUCUUCUACCAACCACCGCCACCCAUGCCGACGUCAAAAGUCUUCGCCAUCAGGCCAUACUUCCCAAAGGACGAGGCCUCGGUGUACAAGAUCUGUAAGGAAAUGUAUGAUGAUGAAAUGGAUGCCGGCUUGAUGUCUGAUCAGCCAGAUAUCAUCGGUGAUAGCUUGGUGGGUGGAUUUUUGACACUAAGCCCCGACUAUUGCUUUGUGUUGGAAGACGAGGGCAGCGUGUGUGGUUAUGCCCUCGGCAUUGUCGACGUCCACCCCUACGCCAGAAAGUGUAAAGUUUCCUGGAUACCCGCAAUGCGGGAAAAAUACAUUAAACCAGAAGCCAGUAAGGAGCUCUCCGAUGAACAGAAAAUGAUGUUGAGUUUCCACGAAGAGCAGCAAGGCCUGCCGGAAAACUUCCUCGCUUCCUUUCCCUCGCUGAUUAAAGUGGACGUGCACACGAAAGUGACAGAUCCCAGUGUCGCUAAGAGUAUGAUGGGCUGUUUGCUUUCUUCCUUAAAAGCUGACGGGUCUCGAGGAGCUUUCUGUGAAGUGAAACCCAGCGACAGGCGAGGGUUGGAGUUUUACAGCAAACUGGGCUUCCUGGAGCUGGCCAAGAUGGAGGGAUUCCCCAAGGAGAUGCUGGUGCUGGGAAGGAAUUUGUAACGUGCAGCCUCUUCAACGUAGUGUAAUUAAAGGAUGUGUAUAAUUAAAUGUAUCUAAAUUUAGCCUUAAGCUGAAUAACCCGUGUUUAAUAAUGUUUUAUAUUUUAUCUUUUUAAUUUGCAAUACACAAGGUGAACUCGACAUGGAACUUUGUGAAGUGGGUGAGCUUCCAAUGAUGCAAUAACAGUUAUUUGAUCUCCUUCCCCUUCUGACAUUUCAUCCCAGCCUUGCCUCCAAAUAUCGGGGAGUCUGAAGUUUCUCGUUUGGAAUCUGGGAACUUGGCCUCUGAGUAGGAAACUACUCGGUCCACUGCCCACGCCAUUCAAAAAGAGAGUGGUUUAGACUAUCCACUGCCUGAUUGCAGUCCUGGUGUGAGCAUGCUGUUAAAGCAGCCAUUUUGCCAUCACAAGGUGGCUGUGUUUAUAACUGACCACCCACAGGAGUAAUUGGAGUUCUUCAUCCCUGGAGCCCAGUUCAUUUUCACUAAGUGAGAUUUUAGGGCUUCAGUCGGUGAUUUUAAGAGUUUGCUUUCUGCAGCAUGUAUGCAUCUGUGAAAACUAAUGACCUUUUGAUACCUCUCUUUGAAGGCACUUUAUAAGUAGUGAAUCUCGAUCUGAAUGGUUAGUGGAAUUGCUCUCCGGAGAAAGGAAUGAAAUGUUGACAUUGGAAAUGAGCACAGCAGUACUGGACUGCAUACUGGGCCUGUCAACGUUUGUAAAGAAAGACGGGUUAAUAAUUUGGGUGGAUCAGAACGUAAUUAAAUGUACGUGAAACCA